CAAGAUCCGCUGCGGCUCCUUGUCGGUACGAUUCAACCACUCCCUCACUCUGCCUCUCUCUCUCUCUCUCUCUCUCUCUCUGUGCUUUCUCUCUCUAACACCUCUCGUCGCCAUUCUUCCACAGUCGUCACAUUCUCUCUCUACUCUCCCUCCCUCUCUCUCUCUCUCUACUUUAUAUUCCAUUUUCCCGCUCGUUCAGUGAUUCAUCCUCUUCCUCGCAGCUCAUCUCCCUCCCUCACUAUCACUCUCUCUGAUCUCCUUCUGCUACGCUCUGAUAGAGCUGUAGAGUGUAUCCUUCAGCUUCUUCAGAGUGAGUAUAGCUCAUAGAUCCUUGAUUCCUUCAUCAGAAAUGUCGGAUCCGACCGAUAAGGGAGCGGAGGCCGCCGCUGACGUGCCGUCGUCGGACGACGGGCACUCGGGGGAGAACAAGAAGACCUGUGCCGACUGCGGGACAUCCAAGACUCCUCUUUGGCGGGGCGGCCCAGCUGGCCCUAAGUCGCUGUGCAAUGCGUGCGGGAUCAGGAGCAGGAAGAAGAGGAGAGUGAUCGUUGGGCUCAGCAAGGGAUCGGAGGACAUGAAGAAGUCGAAGAAGGGCAGUAUGGGCGGGUUGAAUCCGAACAACAACAGUAAGGCCAAGUUUGGGGACCCAUGGAAGAGGAGGUUGUUGGGUCUGGGUAGAAAGGUCUCCUUCCAGAGACCACCAUCUCCGUCGUCAUCCUCAUCCGAAGCUGAUCAGAGGCAGCGCAGGAGGAAGCUCGGCGAGGUGGAGCAAGCCGCCGUGCUGCUCAUGGCCCUCUCCUACGGCUCCGUCUAUGCAUGAAGAAGAAGGGGAAGAUUACGAUGAAAGGUGGGAAGGGAUCUCUUCUGCUGCUCUGAAUGCGUAAUCCGUUAGGUGUCAGAAAAUCGUAGCUGAGAUGUGAUGGUUAAUAGGUCACCUCACUGUUCGAUUGAUGACGAUGACGAUGAUGAUGAUGACGACGAUGAUGAGAGGUUCACUUGACUGUAUGUUUAUCGUCUGCUGCCGUCUUCCUUUAUCUUUUUUUAUUUUUUAUUUUUAAUAUUUUUAGUUUUGACUAACUGUUCUUUGUAGUAUUUAGGUGAGUAAGCAGUGGUUCAAGUGUAAGAAGUCGGGAUAUGGGAUUCUCUGUGUAUCAUUUCUAACUUUAUUUUAAGCAAAAAUUAUCAUCGCCGUGUCAGCUUCGUGUA